AUGACCACUAGGACCUGGGGAUACGAAUUCGGUAUGCAUAUCCACGAGGUGCUGGAGGCGCUGAUGCUGACGACGUUGCCUGUCGCUUCGAUUGUUGAGGGUCAUGUAACUCUCCUCCUCCGACAAGGUAACCAAUUAUCGCCAAGUCGCCGGCAACUCAUAUGCUACACUAUACGAUCGGUUCUCUGGCCCCUUCGCCGUCCUCUUAUUCUCCUAUUCGUGCUUGAGACCGAUUAUUUGGAGCUCUGCAACUGGAUGCAUAGCCACAUGGCUACUUCCUUUGCCGCAUACUCCGUGGCAGACCUAGCACGCUAUCCGCCUCGCGAGAUGGCGUGGCGUGUCGGUCGUUGCUUGCAUGCUUACAUGCAUGGCUUAGAUAUAGGGCAGGGUUGCCGUAAUGCACGCACAGCCCGACAAAGUCAGAGAGUCAGAGUCGCGGCAGUAGGGAUAAAGAAUACCGAAAUGCUGCUAUUAUGUCCAGAGCUGGUCUUGAAGCAUCUGCCAGGUGUCUCUCGCAGCACUGUCGCGAGCAUAUCUUCCGGCGCACCGUCGAGACAAGCAUAUAAAAAGUUCGGGUUUGAUCCAUGGCUCAUCUCAAAGCUUCGGGGUUUUCGCCACAUUAGAAGUUCGUUGGAAAGUUGA